CCCGGGGAUCGGGUAAAGGCAGGAGGCCGGAGGAGGUGGAGGUGGAGGAGGCAGCGAGGGCAGCCGUCGCCAUGGCGAUGCGGGAUCUGGUGGAGACGGAGUGUGGGGGUUCGAAUCCCCUGAUGAAGCUGACGACACAUUUUACCCACGACAAGGGACUGAGGCAGGAGGGUAUCGGUGUUUUGCCCUGGCCGGGCGGUGCAGGAGUGUCUGAGAUAUCUCAAGCACUUGGAACAGCUACAGAGGAAGAGCUUGUCUCUGAGUUCCUGACUGAACAGAAUGGCCCUGUACUCACCCGCGCUCCCCACACCUUCAAGAUGGAUGACCUCUUGGCUGAGAUGCAGGAAAUCGAGAACUCCAGCCUACGGCAUGGGCCACAGCGAGCCCCUGGAGUGGCCGACCUGGCCAUGUCGGGAAGCUGGGCGGAAGAGUUCCUGGCCACCGAGCCCACCGUCGACACCUCACGAUCCUACAGCGAAGCUGAUUGGUCCCGGGAGUUUAUGGCCGAGGCGACGGACCCUGAGGUGACCUGCCCAGCGAAGUGGGCCGAGGAGUACCUGGAACAGACGGAGGAGAAACUGUGGCUCGGCGAACACGAGCUGGACCGUGCUCAAGAGGCCAAAUGGCUGGAGGAGUACCACCCGGAGGAAGAGCUGCGCCGGGCUGCCAGCGAGUUCCUGGAGAAGGUCAACGACCCCAAGCUGGAGGGGUCAGAGUUUGUGAAAUUCCUGCGCCAGGUUGGUGAAGGGCAGCUGAGACUCGAGAGGAGCCCGCCAUCUCUCUGCGCUGGGCGUGGGGAGGCCCUGCCCCCAGCCCCCGCCCAGCUCCAGGUCGAGCGCUGGCUGGCCGAGUACUCCCGGGAGCAGCAGGAGGAGCAGGUUCCCGAACAGAGGGCAGACGCCUGGGUGGAUGAAUUCACCACCGGUCACCGACACCUCUCUCCGGAGUCGGAGUAUCAGGACGCCAAGGCUGCGGUGGAGUCGGACGUGGAUUUCUGGGACAAAUUACAGGCUGAAUGGGAAGAGAUGGCGCAGAGGGACACGGAGUCUCACCCUUGGCUCUCCGCCUUCGACACAGUCCUGUCCUCCUCCUACGACCAGGGUUACAAAUUUGAGGAGGAAAAUCCAAUGCAAGGUCACCCUAACGCCUACGAGGAGGGACUGCGAAGGCUGCAGGAGGGAGAUCUCCCCAACGCCGUGCUCCUGUUCGAGGCAGCGGUGCAACAGAAUGGAGAACACAUGGAGGCCUGGCAAUACUUGGGGACCACACAGGCUGAGAAUGAGCAAGAGCAUGGAGCCAUUAGCGCUCUCCGCAGGUGUCUGCAGUUGAAGCCGGAUAAUCUAACCGCUCUUAUGGCCCUCGCUGUCAGCUUCACCAAUGAAUCGCUGCAGAAACAGGCCUGUGAGACACUUCGCGAUUGGCUGAAACAUAACCCCAGGUUCUCGCAUCUCGUCACGGAGACUUUGAAUAGAUCACAUGGACGGAGAGCCUUUGGAUCAGUGCUCUCUGACUCCCUGUUUAGCGAGGUGAAGGAACUCUUCCUCAAAGCUGUGCAGAGUACCUCCGGGGACGUUGAUGCUGAGGUGCAGUGUGGACUCGGUGUCCUGUUCAACCUCAGUGGAGAGUUCGACAAGGCUGUCGACUGUUUCAACACAGCCCUCAGUGUGAGGCCUAACGACUACUUGCUGUGGAACAAGUUGGGGGCCACACUGGCGAAUGGGUCGCGCAGCGAGGAGGCGGUGGAGGCUUAUCGGAGGGCGCUGGAGCUGCAACCGGGCUUUAUCCGCUCUCGGUACAACCUGGGUAUCAGCUGCGUCAACCUGGGGGCGCACAGAGAGGCUGUGGAACACUUCCUGGAGGCCCUGAACAUGCAGAGGAAGAGCCGGGGGCCGGAGGGAGAACGGGGCCAAAUGUCGGACAACAUCUGGAGCACCCUGCGCAUGGCCCUGUCCAUGCUGGGCCAGACUGACCUGUACCACGCUGCCGACAACCGGGACCUGGCAGCCCUGCUCCGCGCCUUCCACCUGGACCAGUGACCAUGCCGGGCGACUGACCCCAUCACCUGCGAGUGCUCCCACCAACACCAGCACCACCAGCAGCAGCACCACCAGCAGCAGCAGCAGCCGGACGCAGAGCUCCUGUGAAGUUCCCAUCAGCUGCCCUGCCCCGAGACCUCUGUACAAAACCACCCCACCUACCUCCCUCCCUCCCUUCCCCCC